AUGGAUUUUGGGAGAGAAGCAGUCGUGCUUGUCCUCACUGCUAUAACAAUGGCUGUUUUGGGGGCGGCUUCCACUGUUCACACGGUUGGUGAUAUUGGCGGUUGGAACUCAGACCGUGACGUGGAUUAUUACGAUUGGGCUGCUAGCAGGGAAUUUCAUAUUGGCGACAUUAUCCAUUUCAAGUACGAUCCAGGGUUUCAUAAUGUGGUGGAAGUGAGGCGGGCGGACUACCACGCAUGCGAUGCAGCAAAUCCCAUAGCCACCUACUCGUCGCCGUCGGGGAAUGACUACAUCAAGAUCGAGAGACACGGCCACUACUUCUUCAUCUGCGGCUGCGUUGAUCACUGCGCACUCACUAACCAGAAAGUUGAUAUCAGAGUCCCUAAAGACCUCGACGUGAUUAACUAA